AAUCAUAAUAGUUAUUUUGGUUACAAUCUUCCCGGCGAUUACGCGGCCACUGUUAUAAAUUAAAGCCGUACACUUUUCAAGUUUUAUUGACAUAAAGUUGGACGCUUGUGAAUAUGAAGGUUCUAGUGGCUGUCGCUUUGUUCGCCUUCGUGGCAGUCCAGAUGAGCCACGGUGCGCCCGCGCCGGAGGAGGAGAAGAAGGAAGAUCCUGCAGCCGUGUCCUCCCCUGCAGCAGCCCCCGCCGAAGCCACCUCUGAAGCGGCCGCUGCAGCCGCUGAGGUGAAGUCUGAAGCGCCGAGUUCGGACGCGCCUGCUGCCCCCGCAGCCGUGGCCGCCGCCGCCGCCCCAGCAGCCCCGGCCGCCGAAACCCCGGCGCCCGCAGAGGAAAAGAAGGCCUAGUUUUGUAUUAGCGUAACACCGAGGACAGGGUGCGAAUGUAACAAACCGUACGUCCGUAACGUAUUGUGAUCUUUGUAAAAUAAACACUUGGAAGUAAA